UUAAAUGUUUGUUCAUCCCUCAGUUAUUAGAAUAUUUCAGAUGUUCCAUAUUCACAAUGAAAUGUACUUUUUUUGUUCAGGACAUUCCUAUGGAUUUCCUAUGGAUUUUCUAUGGAUUUCCUAUGGAAAACGGCUCUGGGUUUCACAGGGAAGGAAGGACUAUGACUUGGAACAAAUGAAAACAACAACUUUUUAAGGCAUCUUCACGACGUCUGCUGUCCACAACCUUAAAGGUUUGUCGUCACGUCUGAGAUGAGGACAUUCAGCUGUCUGGCAGGAAGACGGCUACGGUUACCGCGGACCGCCUGCGUCUGUCAGCAGGAAGCUGAUGAACCGCUGAUGAAGAUGAAGGUCCAACAGAGGACAAACGCUGUCUGCCCCCCCCCGCCAAUGUGGGCACCCUCGCCCUGCUCAGGUGUAGCAUGUCAAGUUAAAAAGACUUAACAAAGACCAAAAGGUGAAGAGAAAGAGGAAGUCCAUCAGUCCUCCUGAGGGUCAGAGACAGGAGGAGGACACGCAAGAAGCUGAUUGGCCGAGGAGGAGGCGCACAGUGGGCUGACCCGGCAACCCCAAGAAGCCAACAUGAAGGGAGGGGGGGGCGUGUCAUGGCGCGACACUUGAAUGUCAACAAAGUUGCUGGUUCAGCUGUGAUGGUGUUCACACGUCUCCACGCCUUCUUCUCCAGCUUGGGUUUCCCACACCCGGCCGGGCUAAAUGCAGCCCACACGUGUUCCCAUCCACACGCCAUCACCCUCUUAACUUGGAACGAGGCGGCUUGUGUCAAGGCAUGGCCAUGGUGGCUUCAAAGUCGUCUCUUCAAAGUGGGUUUCCAGAUACUUGGCCUGUAGUAUUCACAAUGAAUACUAAUACUAAUACUAAUACUAAUACUAAUACUAAUACUAAUACCACAUCCACUUUGGGUGGGGACUCCCAACGGUUUAGUACCCGCCACAGUUUAUCGGGGCGUCACCGUCACUUCAGACAUGUUCGUAGAUCCUGAUUUUCAUUCAGGCUGUGAAUUUCCAUCGCCGCCCCUAAAGUCCACCCCAAGCGUGGUGGUCCUCCUGCCAAGGUCUCCGUGCAGGCUUAGCUCACAUGUUCAUUUGCGUGACUUUGACUUUGUGGUGUUGGCGGUGGAAGAAGACAUGGACGGUAAGGCCUGUAAAGCCCAGAAAGGAGCCUUGAAGGAGACCAAGCAGGUGGUCUUCAGGUCAAGGAUGAACGUGAACGUUGCAGUGCCACCAUGUGACGCCAGCGUGACACUGGAGGUCGUGCGCGUUGACGACCAUCACCAUUGUGACACGUAAUGGACAUGGUGGCUUUCAUGAAGCCACUUAGAGCCAAGGAUGAGAUGCGGAACGGUCCAUGUGGAGUAUCUGAUGACAGCAACUCAACGUACGGCGGCAGAGUAAAAAUAGAGCUGGAGGAUCAUCACCUGUUCCUCCCAGAAGAUCCUGCACCAUUUUUAAGAACAGUCUGAGAUCGAUAAUGCGGGCGGAUUGACAUGGGAAAAGUGACAUUGCCAAGUUUGGAAUGUCCGGCUUGUCUCGUCGGAACAUUGAUGCUGAUAAAAAGGAACCUUCUGCUGACGUUCGUUAUCUCUCGCUGAAGCUUCCCAUUCGGACGUUGGAGACCAGUGGACACAAAGCACAGCAGAGGACGUCACGCAGAGUUAGGCACCACCAUGAGCUCCGACGCAGAGAUGGCUCAGUAUGGGCCGGCAUCCAUCUAUCUCCGCAAACCUGAGAAGGAGCGGAUCGAGGCGCAGAACCGACCGUUUGAUGCCAAAACGGCCUGCUUUGUGCCCGAUGUCAAGGAGCUGUACAUCAAAGGUGUGGUCCAGAAGAAAGAAGGUGGCAAAGCCACAGUGAAGACCGAGAAGAAUGAGACUGUAACAGUCAGCGAUGAAGACUGCCAUCCCAUGAACCCCCCAAAGUACGACAAGAUCGAGGACAUGGCCAUGAUGACCCACCUCAACGAGCCGUCCGUGCUGUUCAACCUCAAAGAUCGUUACGCAGCCUGGAUGAUAUACACGUAUUCGGGGCUGUUCUGCGUCACGGUCAAUCCGUACAAAUGGCUGCCGGUGUACGACCCCCAAGUGGUGGCGGCCUACCGGGGGAAGAAGCGCAUGGAGGCGCCCCCUCACAUCUUCUCGGUGUCUGACAACGCCUACCAGAACAUGCUCACAGACCGUGAGAACCAGUCUGUCCUGAUCACCGGAGAAUCCGGAGCAGGGAAGACCGUGAACACCAAGCGUGUCAUCCAGUACUUUGCAACCAUCGCGGUGGCUGGCGGCAGCGACAAGAAGGAGCAAACGUCUGGGAAGAUGCAGGGGACGCUGGAGGAUCAAAUCAUCUCAGCGAACCCUUUGCUGGAAGCAUUUGGGAACGCCAAGACCGUGAGGAAUGACAAUUCCUCACGUUUUGGAAAGUUCAUCAGAAUUCACUUCGGAACAACGGGGAAGCUGGCUUCAGCCGACAUCGAGACGUAUUUGCUGGAGAAGUCCAGAGUGACGUUCCAGUUGACGGAAGAACGAAGCUACCACAUCUUCUACCAAAUUAUGACCGGACACAAGCCAGAGCUGAUAGAGAUGCUGCUGAUCAGCACGAACCCGUACGACUUCCCGUUGAUCAGUCAGGGCCAGAUCACGGUGGCCAGCAUCGACGACAAGGAGGAGCUGGUGGCUACGGACACGGCCACCGACAUCCUUGGCUUCACCAACGAGGAGAAGAUGUCCAUCUACAAGCUGACGGGUGCUGUGUUGCAUUAUGGGAACAUGAAGUUCAAACAGAAGCAAAGGGAGGAGCAGGCGGAGCCCGACGGCACCGAGGUGGCCGACAAAGUGGCCUUCCUCAUGGGGCUGAACUCCGCCGACCUGCUGAAGGGCCUGUGCUACCCCCGCGUCAAGGUGGGGAACGAGUACGUCACCAAGGGCCAGACGGUCCCUCAGGUGGCCAAUGCAGUUGGCGCUCUGGCCAAGUCCGUCUACGAGAAGAUGUUCCUCUGGAUGGUGAUUCGCAUCAAUGAAAUGCUGGACACCAAGCAGCCCAGGCAGUUCUUCAUCGGAGUCUUGGACAUCGCCGGAUUUGAAAUCUUUGACUUCAACAGCAUGGAGCAGCUGUGCAUCAACUUCACCAACGAGAAGCUGCAGCAGUUCUUCAACCACCACAUGUUUGUGCUGGAGCAAGAAGAGUACAAGAAGGAAGGGAUCGACUGGGAGUUCAUCGACUUCGGCAUGGACCUGGCAGCCUGCAUCGAGCUCAUUGAGAAGCCCAUGGGCAUCUUCUCCAUCCUGGAGGAGGAGUGCAUGUUCCCCAAGUCCUCAGACACGUCCUUCAAGAACAAACUGUAUGACCAACAUCUUGGGAAGAACAAUGCUUUCCAAAAGCCCAAAGUGGUGAAAGGCAAGCCGGAAGCUCACUUCUCCUUGGUCCACUACGCCGGCACGGUGGACUACAACAUCAGCGGCUGGCUGGAGAAGAACAAGGACCCUCUGAAUGAGUCGGUGGUGCAGCUGUACCAGAAGUCCUCCUUGAAGUUACUGUCUUUCCUCUACGCUUCAUUCUCUGGUGCUGAAGCAGACUCAGGCGGCGAUGCCGGCAAAGGUGGGAAGAAAGGAGCAAAGAAGAAGGGCGGCUCCUUUCAGACCGUGUCUGCGGUUUUCAGGGAAAACCUGGGCAAGCUGAUGACCAACUUGAGAAGCACCCACCCUCACUUCGUACGUUGCCUGAUUCCGAAUGAGGUUAAAACUCCAGGCAUCAUGGACAACCACUUGGUCAUCCACCAGCUGCGCUGUAACGGUGUGCUGGAAGGGAUUCGGAUCUGCACAAAGGGAUUCCCAAGCAGGAUCCUGUAUGCCGACUUCAAGCAAAGAUACAGGAUCCUGAAUGCCAGCGCCAUCCCAGAGGGACAGUUCAUCGAUGGCAAGAAGGCUUCUGAGAAGCUCCUCGGUUCCAUCGACGUGGAUCACACGCAGUACCGCUUUGGCUCCACCAAGGUCUUCUUCAAAGCUGGUCUGCUUGGGACUCUGGAGGAACUGCGAGAUGAAAAACUGGCUUCUCUGGUGACGCAGACUCAGGCGGUCUGUCGAGGUUACCUGAUGAGGAAAGAAUACUCCAACCUGAUCGCUCAAAAGGAUUGUGUGUGGAUUCUCCAAUACAACCUGCGCUCCUUCAUGAACGUCAAACACUGGCCGUGGAUGAAGCUCUUCUUCAAGAUAAAGCCUCUUCUGAAAAGUGCAGAGACGGAGAAGGAGAUGGCCACCAUGAAGGAGGACUUCAUCAAAUGUAAGGAGGACCUGGCCAAGUCAGAAACCAAGAGGAAAGAUCUGGAGGAGAAAAUGGUUUCUCUGCUGCAGGAGAAGAACAAUCUCCAACUUCAAGUCCAGGCUGACUCUGAGAACCUCUGCGAUGCAGAAGAACGAUGCGAGGGCUUGAUUAAAAGCAAAAUCCAGCUGGAGGCCAAACUUAAAGAGGUGACGGAGAGGCUGGAAGACGAGGAGGAAAUCAACGCGGAGUUGACCACCAAAAAGCGAAAGCUUGAAGACGAAUGUUCUGAGCUGAAGAAGGACAUUGACGAUCUGGAGAUAACUUUGGCAAAAGUGGAGAAAGAGAAACACGCCACGGAAAACAAGGUUAAAAACCUCAUGGAGGAGCUGGCGGCUCAGGAGGAGAGCAUCAGCAAGCUGAGCAAGGAGAAGAAGGCCCUUCAGGAAGCCCACCAGCAGACCAUGGAUGACCUUCAAGCCGAGGAAGACAAGGUCAACUCUCUGACGAAGGCCAAGUCCAAGCUGGAGCAGCAAGUGGAUGACCUUGAAGGUUCGCUUGAGCAAGAGAAGAAGGUUCGCAUGGACCUGGAGAGGGGCAAGCGGAAGCUGGAGGGGGACAUCAAACUGACCCAGGAGUCCCUGAUGGAUUUGGAGAACGACAAACAGCAGUCGGAGGAGAGGAUGAAGAAAAAAGAGUUUGAGAACAACCAGCUACUCGGCAAGAUUGCAGAUGAGCAAACCAUCAACAAUCAGCUUCAGAAGAAGUUGAAGGAACUCCACGCUCGAAUUGAAGAAAUUGAGGAAGAGGUGGAGGCUGAGCGUGCCAUGAGGGCCAAGAUCGAGAAGCAGAGGUCCGACCUGGCCCGUGAAAUCGAGGAGGUCAGCGAGAGGCUGGAGGAGGCCGGAGGAGCCACCGCCGCUCAGAUCGAGAUGAACAAGAAGCGGGAGGCGGAGUUUGUGAAACUCCGGCGAGACCUGGAGGAGUCCACGCUCCAUCACGAGACCACCACCGCCGCACUGCGCAAGAAGCAGGCGGACAGUAUGGCCGAGCUGGGGGAGCAGCUGGACAACCUGCAGAGAAUCAAGCAGAAACUUGAGAAGGAGAAGAGCGAGCUGAAAAUGGAGAUCGAUGAUUUGGCCACCAACAUGGAGACGGUGGCUAAAACGAAGGUCAGUCUGGAGAAGACCUGCCGCUCCAUGGAGGAUCAGCUGGUGGAGUUGAAGGCCAAGAACGAUGAGAACACGCGCAACAUCUCCGAUCUCAGCAAUCAGAAGGCCCGUUUCCAAAAUGAGAACGCCGAGUUAUCCCGACAGCUGGAAGAGCGGGAGAGCGUCAUAUCCCAGCUGACCAGAGGAAAGCAGGGCUUCACCACGCAAAUCGAUGACCUGAAGAGGCUCAUGGAGGAGGAGACCAAGGCCAAGAACGCCCUGGCCCACAGUUUACAAUCAUCUCGCCAUGACUGCGACCUCCUCCGCGAACAAUACGAGGAGGAACAGGAAGCCAAGGCGGAGCUCCAGCGUACUUUGUCCAAGGCCAACACGGAGGUGGCUCUCUGGAGGACCAAAUACGAGACGGACGCCAUCCAGCGCACCGAGGAGCUGGAGGAAGCCAAGAAGAAGCUGGCCCAGCGUCUCCAAGAGGCGGAGGAGCAAAUCGAGGCGGUGAACUCCAAGUGUGCCUCGCUGGAGAAAACCAAACAGCGACUUCACAACGAGAUGGAGGACCUCAUGGUGGAUGUGGAAAGGUCCAACAGCUUAGCCGCCACACUUGACAAGAAGCAAAAGAACUUUGACAAGAUUCUGGCCGAGUGGAAGCAGAAGUAUGAGGAGUCUCAGGCGGAGCUGGAGGGCGCUCAGAAGGAAUCCCGAUCACUGAGCACCGAGCUCUUCAAACUGAAGAACUCCUACGAGGAGGCCCUGGACCACCUGGAGACCAUGAAGAGGGAAAACAAAAACCUGCAACAGGAGAUGGCAGACCUGACAGAGCAGCUCGGGGAAAGCGGGAAGACCAUCCAUGAAAUGGAGAAGUUCAAAAAGAGCGUGGAGACAGAAAAGUACGACAUGCAGACGGCCCUGGAAGAAGCUGAGGCCUCCCUGGAACACGAGGAGUCCAAAAUCCUGUGCGUUCAAAUGGAGCUGAACCAAGUGAAGGCCGAAGUGGACCGGAAGGUGGCGGAGAAAGACGAGGAGAUGGACCAGCUGAGGAAGAACAACCAGAGAGUCAUCGAAUCCAUGCAGGCCACUCUGGACGCCGAGGUGCGCAGCAGGAACGACGCCCUGAGAGUGAAGAAGAAAAUGGAUGGAGACCUGAACGAGAUGGAGAUCCAGCUGAGCCACGCCAACAGGCAGGCGGCUGAAGCCAUGAAGCAGCUGAGGAACGUCCAGGGACAACUCAAGGAUGCCCAAAUCCACCUGGACGACUCGCUGAGGAGCCACGACGACAUGAAGGAGCAGGUAGCUAUGAUGGAGCGCAGGACCACCUUGAUGCAGGCUGAGAUCGAGGAGCUUCGCGGAGUGGUGGAGCAGACGGAGCGGAGCCGCAAAGUGGCCGAGCAGGAGCUGAUUGACGCCAGCGAGCGUGCGGGUCUUCUCCAUUCCCAGAACACCAGUCUCCUGAACACCAAGAAGAAGUUGGAGAUGGAUGUCACGCAGCUCCACGGUGAAAUAGAGGAAGCUGCUCAGGAGGCCAGGAAUGCGGAGGACAAGGCCAAGAAAGCCAUCACUGAUGCCGCCAUGAUGGCUGAGGAGCUGAGAAAGGAGCAGGACACCAGCGCCCACCUGGAGAGGAUGAAGAAGAACCUGGAAGUCACCGUCAAAGACCUGCAGCAUCGCCUGGACGAGGCGGAGAACUUGGCGAUGAAGGGCGGGAAGAAACAGAUGCAGAAGCUGGAGGCCAGGGUUCGUGAGCUGGAGACCGAACUGGAAGCCGAGCAAAAGCGAUGCUCCGAGUCCAUCAAGGGAGUCCGCAAAUACGAGCGCAAGGUCAAAGAGCUGAGCUACCAGGCCGAAGAAGACAAGAAGAACAACAUUCGACUGCAGGACUUGGUGGACAAGCUCCAGAUCAAGAUGAAGUCCUACAAACGUCACGCAGAAGAAGCUGAGGAGCAGGCCAACGUGCACAUGUCCAGGUUCAGGAAGGUCCAGCACGACCUGGAAGAGGCUGAAGAAAGAGCUGAUGUGGCCGAAUCGCUGGCAAACAAGAUGCGAGCCAAGACCCGCGACAUCGGACCCAAGCCUACUGAGAAACAGGGCGAGUAGCUGAGCGGGGAUCGGGAUUUCGCUGCAUUCACAUCAUGUGCAACACAGGUGUGGAACCCGUGCCACGCAGGGCCGAGACACCGCAGGUUUCUUUCCAGCAGGUGACACCCCCCAUCAAGUGGAGGGAGGGAUCAAUGGAAUCACCUGCUUGGAGAGAAAACCUGUCGUGUCUCAGCCCCCCCCCCCCAACGUAAAAACGUCAGGCAGUUUGAAGAUCAAUUAACUCAUAUUAAUCACAUUCACACCUGCUGAGCUGCUGCUGGAGAACACGUAGAUGUUGGUGGGGACCCACGUGCCAACCCCAGGCGAGCCAGCCCACAGACGGCGCCGUGCUUUGGAGACCCGUGGAGCUGUGCAUCAGGGGGAGACCUCGUCCUCCACGACUUGACUGAAGAACAAACACGAUGGAAUGAAUGUGACCUGACAAAAAAUACGCUGAAUAAAA